AUGGUGCAGGCGAUUCAAGUGCUGCGGUUUCAUCUGCUCGAAUUGGAGAAGGGAGGGACAGAGGGAGAGGUGGAGGGGGGGGGCAACUUCGGUUUCCCUGGCAGCAUCGGCGAUUGUGGCACGCUGUCUUAUGCCUCGUUAGCGCUUUGCGCAGCAACGGUGACGGUCGCGUUUCGCUCGGUCGCUCUACACUCAAUUAAUCACAUUCAUGUGCACGAACUAUGUGAUAACUUCUGUCAACGAUACAUCAACUGCCUCAAAGGCAAGAUGCCGAUGGACCUGGUGACCGAGGAACGAGCCGGCAGCAGCGCCUCGUCCACGUCAGAAUCUCACAUUACCAACAGCAGCUCGUUGAUGUUUCCAAGCGGCAUCGGAUCAAACAUUUCCGGGCCAUCGGUGGCAACAGGAACGGUCGGAAGUGGGUCGUCCACCACGACAGUUGCUGACCAAUCGUUCUCUCAAAUGACCAACACUUCAUUAAGUCCGAAUAAUGGAAUGUGCCAAGCGAGUACAGGGUCGGCGUACGGAAGCCGCACGCCAUCGAGCAGUAGCAGCUGCGGUCGUCUGUCUGAGGAACCCGUCACGCCCGCCGGUGAUGCUAGAGUCGAAGAUCCGGUAAGCACGAGAAUGCUAUGCCAUUGCGAAGGUUGCUAG